CCACACUACACUCAUCGGAACCAAAUUCGUAAAUCAAAAAUUAAAAAUAAAUCAAGUAAUUGUGCGGAAUAAAGGCAGGCACGCCGUCGAUGCGAUAACCGCCACCCCCGAUUCCCAACCCCCGGAAGCUGUCAACUCACCUGGUUUCAGGUGUGUUCUUCGGUUUGUUGUUUUAGUUCUUAACUCCGGAAAGAUGAGCUUGCAGUCGAUUAAAUACUCGCGAGGCAGCCUGGAGAUUCUCGACCAGCUCCUUUUGCCCGGUCAAUCCAAAUACGUGGUAGUGCGAGGGGUCGAGGAUGGCUGGAAGGUCAUUAACAAGAUGCAGGUUCGUGGUGCUCCAGCCAUCGCUAUCGUGGGUUGUCUUUCGUUGGCCGUGGAAGUCAACCCCGAGGAGUUCGGGAGCAAAAAGUUGUUGCGUCAGGAGAUCGAGGGCAAGUUGAACUACCUGGUUUCCGCCCGCCCCACAGCGGUCAACAUGAAAAUCGCCGCCGACGAACUGAUCACCUUGGCCAACGAACUCGACAAGGACGAGACCAUCGACGUUGCCGAAAUGAAGCAAAGAUUCCUGAGUGCCACCGAGGCGAUGCUAAAGAAAGACAUUGCCGAUAACCGGGCCAUUGGAGCGCAUGGCGCCAAUGCGAUUCUCCAGCGUGUGACGGAGGCGGGAGGCUCCUCGGCGGGAUCCGCGGGCUCCGUCCGAGUGCUCACCCACUGCAACACGGGUUCCUUGGCCACCGCAGGAUUCGGCACGGCGCUGGGCGUGGUGCGCCAACUGGGCGAACUGGGAAAGCUAGAGCACGUAUACUGCACAGAGACCCGACCUUAUAACCAGGGAGCACGCCUCACAGCCUACGAACUGGUUCAUGAGAAAUUCCCAGCCACCUUGGUUUUGGAUAGCAUGGUGGCUGCUCUGCUGCGGGCUAAAAAUGUGGCUGCCGUGGUGGUGGGAGCAGAUCGGGUUGCCGCCAAUGGCGACACGGCGAACAAGAUUGGCACCUACCAGAUCGCCGUAGUGGCCAAGCACCACGACGUGCCAUUCUACGUGGCCGCCCCGCUGACCUCCAUUGACUUGGCGAUUCCCAGUGGCGAUCACAUCAUCAUCGAGGAGCGGCCCGACCGCGAAAUGACUCACGUGGGUGAGCACCGCAUUGCUGCGCCGGGCAUCAACUGCUGGAAUCCCGCCUUCGAUGUCACCCCCGCCUCGCUGAUCACCGGCAUCAUCACGGAACGCGGCGUUUUCAAGCCGGCGGAACUGAAAGCGGCCAUCACCAAGCUGCUCGAGUCAUAACAGGCGCACAGAAAAUGUUGUUUACGAAUGCACUCCAUUCCCCAAAAAAAAAACCACAAAUCGAAACCACAAAAAACAAGAGCACUCACCACACGAGCUCGGAAUAGGCAUUUUGCCAGCUGAGUUUUGUAUACAAAAAACGUGUUCCCGCCUAGCAAGCAAAUAUGGGUCGCCGAUCCGCUGGGGAGCACAACGCACAAUAUACCUCCUACAUAUGUAGCCCCA